AUGACAUCGUCUGCCCCUUCCGCCCACCGUCCUACAGUCCCUCCUUCAGGAUUUGGACGCACAUUCCUCGUAGGAGGGUCCAUCGUUUUGGCCGGCUUGACUGGCUUUUAUAUGAGCAUGCUUCGCAACAAACACAAACAGGAGCUCAUGGGAACGAAUCCUCAUUUCGAACAAAUCGUCGGCCACGUUAGCAAGGCUCCUCCAGCUGAUCAACCACUCCCAAAGUUGAACGCAACCUAUAGCGACGUUCCUCCCGCUUACCCGACCAAAGAACAUGUUAGUCGCCACACCACAUUCGCGAACUUCAAAGAUUCUCCUGGCUACCUCGAAGGUGGCCCUGCGACUCGCUACAUGGAACCGACUCCUCAGAGGCCCAAAAAUGACGGAACUGGGAGGGCGUACACCAAAUCCCCUAAUUACGUCGACAACUACGGCAAGACAACUAGGCCUUCCAUGGCCAAAGUACCUGCUUUAGCCCAAGAUCCUGUUGUUGAUGUUUGA